UAGCCAGCGACUGUGGCGGUGGUAGGUUGGGUUCGAAGUGUGGGACCGCACUAUUUUAUUAACUGAAUGUUUUGAACUGAUUUGAUUAUAGUGAUAAUUAAUGAAUUCUACAAAAGUCUUGCCAAGAUGAAUCUCAUCUCCGGUGGCGUGAGAGCGAGAGAAUGGCGUCAUUUGCAAAAGCUAUCCGCCUUCAUAGUAAUUCUGCUAACGACCAGCGUUUCUUCUACGGAUUGGAGAGGAAUUUCGAAUACGGAGCUUCAAAGAAGGAGUCUGAAAUUAGGCACAAACCAGCCUAAUUUCGUGCAGCAGUCAUCCACCAGCUGGGGUACGAAAGCGGGUAAUGACGAUGAUCUGAAGCAAGAAGAAUCUAUUAAUCAUCCAGGACACAUUCGCUUAGGUGCAGGAGUCGAAGAAGAUUCUCCUCUGAAGCGAGGUAUAUCUAAAUCUUUCAAGCCACCUUAUGAUGGUCCUGCACGUGAUGUACCUGCGACCACUAGAAGUCCGUAUGUUUUGAAAGUAAUUUAUGAAAAUGACAAUAAAUAUGGAGGCUUUCUUGACUUGAGAAGCGCUGAAAUACAAGCUAAAGAGAAAGCACUCACUACCGAACCUGUUCCACAAACGUUGAACGGAGAGGCAGCAAGUCAGGUUUCGAGCCUGUCCUCAUCUACAUUGUCCAGCGACCCUAAACCUUCUGUCCACCAACUUGAAAGUGUUGGAUUCUUUUCAAUCUCUCCCACAGUUCCUGUUUAUCCUCAAAAUUCUUCAAAUGUAGUUGUUGCAAAUAGUCCAACAUUUUAUGAAAAAAUCACAACUCACACAAAUCUCCCUGAAACAACGUACCAUCCUCACAUACCGUACCAAAUUGAGAAUAGCAAGACUAACGAUAACUUCAAGCCUUCUAAUAUUGACAUGUUUCGACAAUCGAUUCAAGCUACAACUGAGACGAUCUUUACCACGUCUGCACCUCAGAACAAUGAGGGACUGCCCACUGGAAUUCAUAAAAAGAUCGCAACGAAAAUUUCUCCUCUCGCAAGCAUUGCAGCUGACGCUUCUACAACCACCGCCGAGGGGCUGCCCUUUCUGGUAAGCGAUGCCAACGCCAUAAAGGGCGGUGUAAAAGUAAUCAACUUGGGAAGGCUGGACACAAACGCAGAUCCUAAGUCAAAAGCUAUCCUAGAACAAAUGAAGAAUUUUUUUGGAAGUCGCUUCCAAGAGAAUGUAAACCGUCCAGCAUCUGUAUUAAUUUUUCAAAAUAACAAAGAAUCACUUCAUCAAGGACAUCAGCUCACCUCGCAAAACCACCCUACUGGAGGAAAAUUCGAUAUUGGACGUCUUUCAAAUCUUCAGCUACCAUCCCUCCAUGAUUUGUUCAAUUCGAGUCAAGCGCCAAUAGACUCGUUUAAGUUCACUGGAACGAAUGAUCCAUCAUCUGCUCUCGCUGAAUCUGUUGGAAACUCAUUGUACGUGUCAUCAGCUAACCCGUCAUUUAUUGGCAUGAAAAUCAAUCACGUGAGUAGCACAGAUAACAGCCAAGUCAGUCAAGCGAGUGGCAAAGACAUUAGUGAAGCCAGUGUUAAAGAUACCAGUCAGGCGAGUGGUAAAGCUAUCAGUCUAACAAGUGGCAAAGAUAUUGGUCUAGCUAAUAGCAAAGACAUCACUCACGCGAACGGCAAAGAUUUGAGCCAAUUCAAUCUGGCGAGUGGAAUAUCGGACAUCAGUCGAGUCAAUACUGGCAAAAGUGGCACUAUCAACGGCAUAGGAAUCAUGGGAUCGCCGGUGCACGCUAAAUACCUCAACAAGCUCAUUCCUGUCACCGCAUUCAUCGAUUCAAACGCAGCACCUUUGCCUGGCGUUCAUUUUGUGCUGAACCCGUGGGUGUACAAGUUCCCUCCGUGGUUCGAGCCUCACAACCCUACACCUCCUGGAUAUGUUUCUAACAGCACUAACGAAUUACCCGGAGACAUCAUUCUAGACCUAGAAGACUUGCAAGCUCCAUCCGACGACGGCCAGUUGGUAAAUGUACGAGUUCCGAGCUUCACGCAGUUCAAGGAUGAGGUUAUCAAAACCAUUCUUGAAUCCAAAUUCAGGAAUGAAAACCGAAAGGGAAAGGCAGUUGAACACAACGACAAUGGACAGAUGAAUAAUAAUAUGUUGAAGGAUGAAACGGCUAGUGGCACGCAUCCAGGAAAAGUGGUAAGUGGAGUGAGGGAUAUCGAACUGGAUGUUGAUAUAGCAGAAAUUGAACACAGUAUUGAUCAUGACUUGGGCAGCGAUGAUGAUCUUUAUACCAAUUCUGCUGAGAUUGACAGUGGACGACAGUAUACCUCGUCCGGUAGCUCCAGGCCCAGCGAUGGCGUGACGAAUCAUUUUGGGAAUCCGCCGAGUCAUGGAUUUGAUCACCAGCAAUCAGUCGGAGGCAGUGACGCAUUUCACGAUGAUGAGGGACAUCAUGGUGUUCAUGGUAGCGGACCAUCAAAGAAAUAUCACGAAACCCAUUCGUUUGACGGUAGCAAAGUACCGCCUCCUCAUGACGAUAUUCGUACUUAUAAACCCUCAUUAACGAACAAUGAUUAUACAAGCAGUAAGCCUCCUGAUAUUCAAGAGUUCGAAGAACCCGACGAAGGCAGCGAUGAAAACAUUUUCAACAAGAACUUAGAGUCAGAUCAUCAUUUCCAUGACGGAAAAGAUGAAUUCAACACUGAUGCAGAUAGGCCCUUUGGUCAUGAUGACAUCGAACUGUAUAAUGAUGGCUAUUCGCCCUCACCGGUUUACGGUACUCCUCAUUUCCAUUUCCCAAAUUCACACAGUGGAGCUUUCUCAGGGCAAAUUUCCAAUUCGGCUGGGAGUGAAUUUAGUUCAGAAGACGUAUCCGAUUAUAAUCACAGUGGAGAGAUUAAUUUAAGCAGUGGAAUCACAAAUUCCGGAAAUGAGAUUUCAGGAGUACCAAGCUUCCCCACUAGACCCGAGCACACGCAAGCUGCUGGACUUGGACACGCUGCUUACGAUCCGUCAGAUGCAUCCUCUAAUUUUGGCUCUGACACCACUAAUGAUCAAGCAGGAAAAUUAAAGUCAAGUGCCGGGGAUUACAGCUUUGACAACGUGCAUGGUGGUUACCCUUAUGGUGUUCAUGACAGUGAAUCUGAUAUUGGUUCUGAUUCACAUGGAAGCAAUUUUGAAUCAGGAGUUAUAGGUACAAAUUAUGACUCAAGCGCACCAAAUGAUUUCGAUCAUCACAACCAAGAUGAGUCUGAAACAGAACUUGACACUCAUAAUCACUUUGGACCAGAUGGUUCUGUGGGCCACCAUCAGCUUAGUUCACUGGAUCAUUAUAGUUCGUCCGAUGGGAACGCUUAUCAAAAUGAUCGCCCUCACCAUUACUCGGAGGUACAAAGCGGCCACGGUGGCAACCCUGGACAUUCAACAGGGAAAAUUAUCUUUAGAGAUAAUGCUGAAGUCAAUUAUGGAAACAGACCUGACCAUGAAGGGGGACAACUUAGACCUUUUUCAGGGCACUCUGCCCCAAAUUACAAACCUUUCCGACCCUCUCCUCCCGAUCCAACCAGCAUUGCGGAUACUUCGUCGCUGCAGAGGCCUCUUCAAUACCAACAUAUACGAUCCAAAGUCCCCAAACAAUACUUUCAGCAGCCGCAUGGCUAUGCGUACGGAGAUAAAUACUCGUCGGUGUUUGUGUCGAAACCCAAAUACCUGAAGUCGCUGUAUGGGCCUCCUAGUAAACAAAAAUACAAUCGCAAUCACGGCAAUAAACCCUUUAGGCCUCAUCCUAUUCUUGGUAUGAAUUAUAUACUGACGCCUCACAAGUAUUACUACGACAGCCAUCGUUCCACACCAAUUAUGUCAUCAGGUCAGGCAGUAACCUACUGGGUUCCCAGUAAACAGAAUUUCUACCGUUCUUCGUCCACGAAACGACAUGACUUGGAAGACAGUGGCAGCCGCCUGUCAGAAAAAAACCUUGUUGUUGGCUUGCAUCCUGCAAUUCAGGAGAUUGUCAACCCGAGCUCCCGUUUGGCACCCCCUGCAAAGAAUGCCGCUGGUAGGAAUUUUGGAACACCUCGUUUAUCAGAAGGCCUUGACUUACUUCCAUACCUGAAUUCUUUACACGCUUCUCGUAGAAGGAAGGAUAAACUAAAUAUUUCUGUGCCUGUUAGUUACACAAAUAAUCCGCUACGAAAUGUUUCCGUUACCCCAAGCGAACCUUCCAACCACGAUUUGUUGGAACAAUCUAAUUCAGUAAAAAGGAAUACAAAAAAACAUUCCAUAGAAAAUGGUAUUCGAGUCGAUAUAAUUUAUGGAUCUCGGAAACCUAUCCCGGCUUUGUAUAAAGAUUUAUCAAGUGAAAUCCCGAUCCCUCCGCAUCUUCUCAAUAGUAAAUAUCCUCACGUAGUGGUGAAAAAUUCUAAAAUAAGUAAUGGAACAGAAUCUUUUCCGCGGCCCUUGCUUCUUGCGAGCUCUGCGAUCCUUGGACGUUUGAAACAAAGGGUCACAGAAUUGAGAAAAUAUUCGCCGUCACAAACAAGCCAAUGGCAUUGGCCAGGAGAAGCUCAAACUCACAAGUGAACCUUGUUACAAAAAUUUGAAUUUCCUAAUACCUAAAAAUUUGAUGUUUCACGUAAGAUGUACAUUAAAACAUAAACAGAAGAUACAAAUAUUUAGCAAAUUAAUAGGUUUGUCAUAAGUGGAAAUUAUUGCGAUUUAAUUUUUCUUUGAACAUCAAAUAAAAUUAAAGUUAAGUUUUUUAUUAAAGUUGUUGAAGAAAAUGGAAUUAUUCCACGUCCACGGAGUUAAAAAAAUGAAAAUCGACGUAGAAGUUGAAAAGCUUCAGUAUAUUACAGGGUCCUGAAGAUCGUUGUAAGUAUUUUUUUCUAAAGAUCUGUUGACAUUUUUUAAUUAAGGUUGCCAAUUUAAUUGUAGAUUACAUUCUGCAUUUGGUACGCUAAUGCAAGAUGAACCCUCCAUCACCCAUUUUUUAUACAUUAUAAAGUCAUCCGUCGUCCUCUGUGAUCGAUAUGCUCUGCCGCUACUAUAUACUGAUGAAAAUUACGAGGACUAAGAAUUCUAUCUAAUAUUUAAUAAUACUCCCACAUCCAAAAAUGUGAAAUCCCGCCUCUGAAAUCAUUAAAAUGUGAAAUCCCCCCCUUCCCCUCUGAAAUAAUGAAGAUGGUUCUAGGUAAUUGAUUCUCAUAUAAUAAAACCAGGUCCAGUUAGCAAUCGUUGUUAUUUAUUCUUUGUUUUUGUUUGCUUCUAAAUACACAGCAUUUAU